AUGUCAGCCAACUCUUCGACUGGUGGACCUCGCAGGCGAAAAAGUUCAAAGAAACCGCCGCCAGACCCGUUGGAUGGCGUACCGGAGCAGCCUGACGUCGAGAACCAGGAAGGCUACCACCGCGAGCACGACCGGGACUUCGAACGAAAUUGGCAUGUGGUGGCGUUGCAGCGAGACGAGACGCAGGAAGAAGCGGAAGAAAUUCUUCGAUUGCGCGCCGAGGCGGCUCGGAGACGUGAGCUUGAAGCGGCAAGUAGAGAGAAGGUUAAGAUCGUGAGAGGAGUCGCGACGGUGCGAGGAAUACAGACGGAAUAGGCAGCACUUGUAGGUUACAGGGUCCUCCAACUCCUCUCUUGGACCAGCUCUGCCUGCAGACUUGUUCAGUACCACAAGGCGCAACAAUACGGUUAUUCGGCAGGUGCGGUUGACCACGGGUGGGGGAUUGCUCGUGGUUCAGGGAAAAAAUCCUGCGACCCUUGUUUUAAUUGUUAAGAGUCUGCUCAAGAACCAAGCGUGUUUUCGCCGUAGUCGGUCUCCCUCCUGUUCCUGGCCAUUGCGUACACGGCGCAAUAGCCCGCCGGACCUCUGGAGCCAUGUACUAAUUUGAUGUAUGUUUGGGGAAGGGUUGGGGGGGGGGGAGGUCAAGAAAAAGUGCAGGCAUUAUAGGUCUUGCCAGUCCGAGCCACGUAUGGUAUGUGGCAUUCAUCAGAGUGAGCAGUUGGUGUCCCGUGCGGAACGGAACUGGUGACGGGGAGGCAGGGUAGGCAUUCCUAGAUCGGAGACACUACGUGGGUGGGGGGGUCGAUAUUUGCCACGGCAUGAAUCCUCGCUUACGUGAAGGGCAGCAUAACACUAUUCUGGUACAUCUCGUGGCCGAAUAAACGCAUCUGUGGAGACCCCUGUUUUUUUUUUUGGGCUAGAGGCUAGAGUGCAACUUCUCUUUAUGCAUGUUCUCGCUGGCUUGCUUGUUUCUCAUUGGGGCUAGUAGUAGAGUGAGACAAACAAUGUCUGUCUGUCUCUACUCUGUGCAUAGCAGCGUGUCGUGUGUUGUGUUGAGUAUUUUCGUUCCGGCGAGACGACAAGACCCUGGUAGAGGUAAUGGUAGAGGAAAAGGAACGAAAAAUAUCGGUAUUGAUGUUGAUGGAAUAGACUGCUGAUUUUUUGUCUUUGUUGGUGCGUGUUUGCGGCGGGUCAGCCCCCUCAUUUCUCCGUCGCCUAAGACGACUACUACGGGCACGACAUGGUGUAAAAAUACAGUCGUGCCGUCAUUUCUUUAGUGCGCCGAAUUGGCUGCAAGGCUACAAAGAGUGUGUGUACCCUUGAUAGCUUCACACCGACCGAUCUACAUCCCUCUGUUGGCUGUUUUCGGAAAAGAAGGGGAUUAUUUUUCUUCGAUUUUGGCUGGUUUGCUUGGGGAGGAACAGUGAACAUGCGCUUGUUUUGUGCUAUAAUUGGUAUCCUUUUUUACAAACGUCCGUGGGGACAGGUGGGGGGUUAGCGCUAGCAGAAACAGCACCUCCGGAUAGGUUGGUAUUUGUUAGGUCCGGUUUGCUACCUUUACUUUGCCAAAGUUUUAUUUCUCGUACCGUCUCGUACCGUCGUUCUCAAUUCCUCGUCCGAGGGGAUUCUUAGUCUUUGUUUGCUCAGGGCCUCUUCCAUGUCACGUUGAUAAAAGAGAGGUAACAGAUGCGGUUGGUUAAUCUCAUACGACUUGAUGUUGAAGUAGAGACGAUAUUUAACGUUUUGCUGUGUGCUUUCUACUUUGCUGGAUUUUACGAUACGAUCGAUCGUCCUCAUUUUCGCGGAGAAUGUUGAUGUUUUAUUAUUCGGUGUGCGUUUUCCGUCGCAAUGGUGGCUCUUCCUUGUCUUGUUUUUUGACAAAAGAUAGUACAUUUUUUCUUCUUCCUUCCUGCCAUCGCGCGAGCACGGGAAGAAUACGUACGUAAACCAAGCCAUCACCUCAUCUCCCACGGAGAGGCAGGCGAGCAGCUACGAGUCACGCGGUACUACUGUAGAAUGGUACAUAGGAUACCCAAGUCGGGGAGUCCGAUCGCCCGAGAGGCUUCGGCUGUGUGCUUUUCACAAGAGCAAGCAGUAUUAUAGUCUAUUCGCCACAUGAUUUACGCUGUUGACGAAAGAACCCAAGUUCUCCCCGCACGCGGUCUGGUCUACAUGGUCUGUUGGGUGGGAGAUUCGCGGCGAUUUGUCAUGUUUCCGCGUGUUCCGUAUCGGAGCAAAAGAUAAUCACGCCAAGCGACGGGCAGCCAAGGAUAAGAUAAGUUAGCGCAAGGCUCCUCGGCUGUUGCCGAGAAAACCAUGAGAGCGCAAAUGAGUUAUGGUAACAAGCAAGGAUUUGGAGCGGCGGGGGGGGGAGAAAGCCUUUCGAGCAGCCCAGAACUUGUUUCUCAGGGUUUAUCGCUCGGCGAACGUGAAGCCUUGUGUCCUGACUGGCUGCGCGUGUACACGACACGGUGGUACUGCUGUAGCUGGUCCUUUGCUAUCCUACAGCAGUAGGUUAACGAGGGCUGCACGACGAAGGUGUGCCUCGGAGAGCUUCGUUUCCCGUCUCUAAUUCAUCGGGUGUGCGUUUGUGCCGGACG